AGUACACAGCAUCAAAAUCGUGUCUCUCUCAGUUCAAAAUUGUCACAGCGUGGACGAUGAAUUAGAAGAAGAAACUGUGAUAAAUAGUUUCCAUGACGCAGUAGGGUUGCGAUCUCCGUGGAACCCUAAAGCCCCAUAUUCAGAAUAUACAUCUUUUUAUACAGAUGAAGAAGACGAUGGCAGAAACCUAUUUGCCUCAAGAAUUGCUGGUUGAAAUCUUCAAGAGACUGCCCGUGAAAUCUUUGCUGCGCUUAAGGUCUGUUUCGAAAUCAUGGUGCUCUCUAAUCAGCAGCCGGGAAUUCAUAACCCUUCACAUGAAUUACAGCGUCAACAACACUCGGAUGUUGGUUUGUUACUACCCUUCGGAGCGUUAUGCUCUACACUACGACAAUGACGCGUUUGAAUUGCAUUCGGAAGUUGAAUUCCCUUUUAGGAUGCCUAACAGUUACUAUCGGAUUGUGGGUUCUUGCAAUGGGUUGGUUUGCGUGGGAUAUAAUUUGGUUUUCUAUUCGAAUGAUUUGUUUCUAUGGAACCCUUCUAUUAGGAAAAUUGUGACCCUUCCAACGCCUGGAAUCACUUUCAAAUCCCACGGUGCGUGUAUGCUCGUUUUGGGAUUUGGGUUUGAUUCCAAAAGUAAUGAUUACAAGGUGGUGAGAAUUGUUUAUCUUCAAGGAAGAAAUGGGUUGAAUAAGGUUCCGCCCGAGGUUGAGCUUUAUGAGCUGAGUACUGGUACUUGGAGGGGCAUAAGUGCUGUUAUCCCUCCAUACCAGAUGUAUAACUGUUCAUUGCAGGCUAAUGUGAAUGGUGCUGUGCACUGGAUUGCAUCCCAUGUGACUAAGAUCGCUGGCUUAGGUAGUUUUAUUUUGGCUUUUGAUUUGAGUGAUGAGGUCUUUAAGGAGAUGAGGUUGCCAAGUACAUUGGUCCAUGAGUGUCCGGUGGCUAUGUCUAUUGCAGCAUGUGGGGAAUUGCUUUCUUUGUUCCACUACCAUCGAAGUUCUUCUUCCAAUAGAUGUUGUAGUGUUUGGGUGAUGCAGAAGUAUGGCAUGGAUAAUUCUUGGACUAAACUUUUCAAUGUAGAAUUGUUGCAAGGAGUGAGCGCAGUAUUAGGAUCCAGGAAGAAUGGUGAACUUUUAGUGGUAACAAGUGAUGACAAACUCGUUUCUUAUGACCCAGAUGAUGGAGAAGUUAAGGAUCUUGGACUUCGUAGGACCACAACCUGUUCAUUGUAUGCUAAUACUUACAUUGAAAGCCUAAUUUUAUUUGACAGAGCUAAUGGAAUAUUGGGUUAUGAUUAGUCCCUGGUUUGGUUGGAGAGGAUGAUGUGAAAUCGCACACUGUCAAUGAUCCAGAAUGCUUGAGGUAACCUGUACAUUUGGUAUGUUUCUAUAUCCUGGAAGUUUGCUGGAGACUCCCGAACAGUAAGUAUUGAGGCUUCUGUGAUGUUGAGUGUAUAUGGUCGAUAUAGGGGUUGAAAAUAAUCCAUCCAUCAUCACAAUGAAAUUACUUUGUGGAGGAAACUAGAAACAGGUUCAGGUUGUAUCUAUACAUAUACUUUUCUUUUCAGUAUCAACUUUGGUAGAUGGUGUUUUGCUUCAUAAUUUGUUCAUUUUAGUCCUAGGUGUAGGCAAGGAUGGUUUGCCUUGCCUGGUACCUUUUUUACUUGGCAUGAGCUCAAUGUGAACGCAAUUCAUUCAUUUCUAGUGUGUGUGUGUGAAUCAAAUUCUUGGAAAAUUUUAGCUUGGAGAAGGAAAAAGAUUACGAUUUAGGGUUUAGGGUUCAUCAGUUGAUAGACCCUUUCUUUAAGACUUCUUUCUUUUUGUGUUGUUGUGACGAAAAUUCACAGUUACUAUCAUUUAGGUGUGCACUAUAGCUUAUAAAUCGCGCACACGAGUUGGAUAGAUUC